UGCGUUUCAAAAACCUUUGCAAACUGUUUUGAGUUUUGUGUUGUCCGUGCGUUUGUGACAAAAUACUGUGUGGCUUACAAAAUGUUAUCAAAUAUACAAACGUUUUAUAAAGACAAAACCAUAUUCGUGACUGGCGGCAGCGGGUUUCUGGGCAAAGUAAUUAUUGAAAAGCUGCUGCGCUGCACAGAAGUCAAACGCAUCUAUGUAUUGAUAAGGCCCAAGCGUGGGCAGGAUGUGCAAGAGCGCAUUGCAGCCUGGAAGGACAAUGCUAUGUUUAGCUUGCUGCAUAAAACGAAUGCUCAGUGCUUGGAGCGCAUAGUAAGCAUUGCAGGUGAUUGCCAGGAGCAGGAUCUGGGCAUAAGUGAGGCGGACAGACAGCUGCUGGCGGCUGAGGUGCAAGUGGUGCUGCAUAGUGCAGCCACUGUGCGAUUUUGCGAGCCACUGCAUCAGGCCUUGGACAUCAAUACACGUGCCACACAGCUGCUGCUGCAGUUGGCCAAGCAAAUGAAGCAGCUGCUGGCUUUUGUGCAUGUGUCCACAGCAUUCUCCAAUUGCGUUAUAGAUCACAUAGAUGAGCGUUACUAUCCAGAGCACUUGGUGUUUAGCUAUGACAAGGUAUUGCUGCUGCGCAAGCAGCUCAGCGAAGAAAUGUUGGACAGCAUGACAAGCUCGCUUCUGGGCAAGUUUCCCAAUACAUAUACGUACACGAAGGCGCUGGCGGAGCAGGUGCUGCAACAAGAGGCGGGCGACUUGCCGCUGUGCAUCUUUCGUCCGGGUGUUAUUGUGGGCAGCUACAAGGAGCCUGUUGCCGGCUGGAUUGAUAAUCUCUAUGGACCUAUUGCCAUUCUCUACGGCGCCGCCUUUGGCAUUCUGCGCGUCACUCGGCUGAACGUUAAUGCUGCCGCCAAUAUAGUGCCUGUGGAUUUUUGCGGCAACAUGGUGCUGGCCAGCGCUUGGCAAACUGCUGUGCAGCAAGCGGAGCGCAAACAAUCCGCUGAAUCCGCACAGCAGCAGCAGCCACCCAUUUAUAACUAUGUGCCCAGCAAUCGCAACGAGCUCAGCUGGGGCGGCUUUCGGGACAAGGCGCAGCUGUUAGCCAAUACCUAUCCACUGUCGCAGGCAAUGUGGCUGCCGUUUCUACACUGCACCACCACCGCUUGGUUGUUCAAGUUUCUGGCUUUCUUCUAUCACUUGCUGCCUGGCUAUGCCAUUGACUUGGUGCUGUGGUUGCGUGGUCAGCAGCCACGCAUGAUUCGGCUCUAUGACAAGAUACACAAGAACAUUGAGCUGCUGGUGCCAUUCACCAAUACGAGCUGGAAGUUUGGUACGCACAAUACGCAGCGACUGUGGCAAUGCAUGUCCACGCAGGACAAAGAGCUGUUUGAGUUCGAUAUGAGCACGCUGGACUGGGAUGAUUAUUUCCAGCUUGCGCUGGGCGGCAUGCGCAUAUAUUUGGCCAAAGAGGAUCCCAGUCCUGCCACCUUACAGCGCGCUCAGCGGCUUAGAGCAAGAUAUUAUGUGCUGCAUCGUCUAUUGCAGUUUGCUGUCUGCAGUUGCGGCAUUGCGCUUUUGUGGUCACUAAGCAAACUACUAAUCUAGUGUUAAUUUUAGUAAUUAACAAGUUUUUAUAUUAAAAAGAAAUUACAACUUG